AUGGCAUAUUCAAGUCGUGAUGAUAAUUCAGUAGUACCAAAUUACGCAUUAGAUACAAGUCUAGCAACAAACAAAUUACGUAUUACUAUACAAAUUCAUGGCUUAAAAUCAUCAACUAUAUUAGAAUUUCAUAAAAAACUUAUUCCCAAACUUUACAAAAAAGCAUCAAAUGGUGAAAUAGUAUUUCAUCUAAGUAAUGAUGGUUUUCUGUUUGAAUUUCAUGGGCUUGAUUCUUUAAAAGACUGUAAUUAUCGACUUCAUGUUAACAAAUUACCGGGCACACUAGAUAAUAAACGGUCACAACUGAUUGUACGUGAAGAUGCUGUGGAAAUUAUUCUCAUAAAAAUUGACGAUAGUUCAUGGUCAUCUGUUAUAAGUGAGGGUUUACAUAUUAUUGAGAAUGAGAAGAAGUAA